CAAGGGGUCUUUGGCCAUGGUCUUCACCGUGGGCGGGCUGUGCCAGACACUGCUCCUUUCCCAUGUUCGUGAAGUAACCAUCUCUUCUCAUCAAUGGGCGGGUGUGUUUAACAAAGUCGCUAUCACAAAGAGCAGCCCGCAUACAUCAUGUCCGAUCUAUUCGAUUCCACCGCAUAUUACCGUCUCUCCUGUGAUCGAUAUGGUCAGGAAACUCUCUUGAGCGACGGCUACAAUGCAGACGCCCCCGAUCCUUUGUUUCUGGGUACCACUAGCUACUCAUCGGAGAACUGGCAGAUAUACUUCCAAGACGAAGUCUACUUCAUUCGCAAUUUUGACUAUGGCGCAAACUAUCAGCUAGCCGUCAGUUCCACCACCGACACACAACCUCAGCUUCUUCCUACGACUGGAGACCUUGCUCAGCAAUGGAACAUCACAAUCUGGCCCGACGGUACCAGGAAGCUUGUGAAUAUGGCAGUGGGAGAAUUCCAGAUACUGGGCGUUAGCACAAACUCUACAGACUUCAUCAUUCCGGUGAUGAACACGGCAGAAGAAGGAAGUCACUGGACCUUCGACAUAAAUAGUUCGGCUGGUGAAGUCAGCGCAGACAUGACGCUGCCGUUGUCUUCAGUGGCGAAAGCUAGCACCACCGCAACGUCCACUUCUCCAGCCCAGUCCACGGCUACCGCGCAGUCCACUUCCCCUGUUACGCCUGCUACUUCGACCAACGCGCAAAAGUCCAGUGCGCUCUCAUCAGGGGCAAUAGCGGGUAUCGCAGUCGGAGGAGUGGCUUUCGCUGUCUUUGUCUUCAUUGCCAUAUUUCUCAUGAUGAGGAAACGAUCAAGAGCUGGAAAGAAUGCACCAAAGGAGCUUCUGACAUCAAAUUCAGAGACAUAUAGGGACAAUCCAUAUGGCAGCCAAGCGUUACAUCAGACAACCCAUCAGCUACCUGCUGAGAUUUAUGUCGACCGAAAGAUCCGAGCAAGUGUACAUGCGGGUGCGGUGGAGAUGCCUCCCUGAAAUGAUGAGCCUGCAUCGGGAGUAUUUGCGCAUCUCAGCAGCAUGGAAUUUCUGACGGACUCAAGAGCAUUGGCGCGGUUGUGAUGUAAAUGUCUAGGUAUCUUAUGCAAGGUUCUGCUUACGUCUUUGCACUGUUGAUAUCUCAGCUGUCUGCCAGGAGGGUAGGUGGUCGGGCCAAAACUGUCAUAUUAUUCUUG